AGUUCUGUCCAAUGCCCGCAUCCCAGACUUUGGCUCCUGUUCCAGGCGGCGAAGAAGAUCGCAGAAAGCGGCGUCGCAACAGAACAACUCACUCGUGCCUAAACUGCCAUGCUACCAAGCGUAUGUGCGACAGGAAGCGACCUUGCACACGCUGUGUUCAGUCAGGGAUGGCUUCUCAUUGCACUUAUCAGACAGAUGCAGCAGUCGGAUUCGAUCCCACCCCCAAGCAUGACAAAAGUGCGCUGCUGGCACGCAUUGCUGAGCUGGAACGGAUGGUUGAAGAGCUGAGGGCAUCCACUAUCCCACAUACGCAAAGAGAAGAGCCUCGGAAUUCGACUGCAGAAUCUGGCCGCGGCCAUACGAUGCCUGAUACUUGUCCCUCCGUUCCAGCGGAGCAUUGGCUGCGACAUGCGCCCGAGAGGGAACUGUCCUUUACGAGCCCUCAUCCUUCCUCCCACUCUUCAGGUCAGGCCCCAGGCUAUCUCGAAUCUAUUUUUCCGCCUUACAGUAACGAGAUAUCGCAUGGAAAUCUCGCUUGUCACUGUCUCAGUGGGGCCGAUCAUCAUUGUUCGGCCAUGGAGCUCUCGUCAAGACUGAGAAGAGCCGCCGACAUCCUCAAUCUCAACAACAUGACCUCAGUGACGAAAUCGACAGCUGCACCACCACCGCAGUAUCUUGACGCGUAUAUGACUGGCAUGCGCGCAUUCAGAAAGUGCGCACUUCUCUCUUUCCGUUCUUCAUGA